CCACGGGGGGCUUGGUUGGUUCGCCAGCUGCAAAUUGACAGGGUCGGUUUUGAAAUUCGAAAGGCGCUGCCCCCACCGCCCACCACCUGGAUGCCCAGUCGGGGGUAGCCAAGUUAUCUACUGUUUGCAACAGGGUACACGCCCAUGCGGACCUCUGUCGACGAACGUUACUCGCCCUGAAUCAAUGACGACUUCAACGGCUACAGUGGUGAUACCCGACUCUGCUUCGAAGCAACCACGACAUGAUUCUUCAACUUCGAGCCCACCUUCAAACUCGUCACAACCGAAUGCAGUUCAGAAAUGCAAUGGGGUAAACGAUACUGACUCACACCCCACCAAGCGCCAGAGCCGUCGCCGCAAAUACCAUUAUCUAAAGAUUUCAAUUUCUCCUCCUGUCCGCGGAGCGUUACCUGGAUAUGACGGUGAUCGAAGGGUCGAAUGGGCCGUUUGUGAUGGCUCGUCGUCGCUGGUCGACGCCGCUGAAAAGACAAGAGAAGCUCUCGUGACCCUUCGUACAUUUUGGAACGAGCUCGCGCCUGAGGAACUGAAUUUUGAGGAAUUCGCGUGGUGCGUAUUUGGGGAGGAUUUGCAUGACAGUGUCAAAAACGGUGAUGAUUGGGAUGGAGAGGAUUUGACUCCUAAAAUGGCUGCGCGACUGGCUGGACACAAUAGUGCAUUGUCGGGGUUUUUAGCGGACGUGAGAGAUUGGGAUGCUUUUAGACUAAUGGUUAGGCGGCGAGCUGGGAGGAUGCCAAUGAGCUGGGCGACACGCGGGCGGGCUGUCCAGCAGGGAGGAGCACAACAUCGGGAUGAAAGUAGUGAUUCCGCCGUAUCAUCAUCAUCUUCCGACAACAAUGGAUCUGCCGAUAGGAUGCUUUCAAUACGGGAAGAAGCAGUGAAACUGCUUGCGUCUGAGGCAUUUAUGAUGGUAUUGGCGGAAAAAGAGGCCCAAUGGGAUGCAGAGAGGGCGGAACUGGAGAACGCGCUUGCGAAUGCGGAAGGAAAAGUGCAAAGAAUCGUGCAUUCCAUAACGGGAACGUUGGGGGAGAUGAUUAUACCACAGUCCUCAGCGCGUCCACGUCAGCGGAGACAGUAUUUCCCGGAUACAGUUUCUAGUGGCUACGAGGUCUUGGUACCCCCAAGUCAUUAUCAACCUUCUACAUCGAGUAGACGAAACCGAAAGCCAAAGCGAGAGAGAUCAUUGCCCAAGAAGGUUAGUUUCGAUCAAGAUGCUAUUCGACGUGACGAGGGAAAGAUUCGACUGCGUGUGGCGUUAGAGGAUGUGUGGGGGGAUAUUGCCGGAGCACGCAGCGCCUCUGAGGAUGACGACGAGUCUGAUUGCGAUUCCAACAGUGAGGAAAAUGUUUCUGGGAAUCUGGGCCAUCUUUGGGAGAAGGUUGCUGCGGCAUUGGAUGAGGAUAAUGCCGAGAUUACUUCCAAGUCGACGCCACCGGAGAACCCCAGCGUGAUGAACGGGAGACGUGCUGGCACUUCUACACAAGGGCUGUACAAGCUGGAUAAUUCCGCCUUCAUUUCUACAACGCGUAACAAUGUAACGGAAGAGCCUGGCAGUCAUGACCUCGAUAAGACACGCACCCCAUCAACGCUAGCCGAUUUUUUGAAACCGAUUGCAAAAUCGCGAGCAAGCGCGGAUCGAGGUGGAGGACCUGAUGCAAAACUGGGCAAUACAGACGGACAUUUAAAAAAUGGGUCUUUCAGCAAGAAGCUUGGAAAUCUGUUGAGACGGAGGUUGUCAAAGGAAACAUUGCAAUAAUGAAUAGUGGAUCGAUAUCUUAAUACUUUUUGUUUACAGUAGACUUUGUAUAUUUGAGAACAUCAUUGGACAAUUAAUUAGAUCUGUCAUGGGUGGGUACGCUCACCCGUCACUUGCAUAGAAAUAAAAUAUACUGUUUCUUGGA